AUGGCAACUUCAGCUACACCUCUGAGCGACACUCCUGCUCCUGCUCCACCUAGCCUACUUGGGGAAGGUCACAGGACACCUGAUUUUCCUCUUGCUCAUUAUGAUAACGGUUCUGCAACGCACCCAAGUCCAACAGAACAAGAUGAUCCGACCUCUGAUGAUCUAGGAUUGAAUCAGGAGGGAGUGAACUCCAGCGUUCCAGCUACAGAUGAUCGCCAAAAUUCUCACGAGUCUCCCUCUAACUUGAUGCUCGAGAUCCGUGCUUUGCAGAGUAAACUCCUCCUUCUUGAAGGGAAGGUAGGAGACGGAUCUGAGGUUGCUCACAAUGACUCAGCGAGGAGUGAUAGAAAGACACUCAGACAAAAUGCAGACGAACGACAACUCCGCAAGCAGAUUCGAAGGGCUCAGUCUGCAAGAAAAUGGGUUGAUGAAGCAGAAAGUUUCGCUGAUGAGACUCGAGAUAACCGAGCCCAAUAUGGAAUGGGAGGGCAUUACUUACACGAGGUCGCACCUACAGGCAAAACAAUCGACUUGUCUGAAUUUGGAACAGGGAGAGGAGGCACGAAUUUCCAAUCUGAAAGGGAAAUUGAUCUUUGGAAAACUAUUCCUCUCGAACCGCGCCGUGGUAUUCGCCCUCUAACCUCACUGCGGCCACACUACUCCCGGAAGCUGGGACCGCCUAAUGAGUGGGAUACAUCAGACAGCGAUGAAUGGAGCAGCGAUGGCUCAAUAGGCACACGGGACUUUGAAUACUUCCGCGCGAGGCUCCGUGGAGACUUUGAAUGGGAACUUGACCGUCUUGCCGCUCAGAAGAAAAGAUUUCAAAAGCACAAGGAAAAGAAGAAAGUCAAAGCUGAGAAAGAAGAGCAAGAAAAGGACAGCAAUGACCCGUCCGAGCAAGAGGAUGAUGGAGAAGAGAAAGAGGAGGAGAAAGAAGAGGACAAGAAGUAUGACACUAUUGCAGUCAACCUCAACCCUCUAGAAUGGCGAGAUUUCAAAGUCUCAAGGAAGACAGUUGAGCGAUCCUCUUCUCUCAUCGAUAUCCUUAUUGGUGAGCCUCAGGUUCUAGAUCAAUUCUUUGAUCAUUAUCGCACCAAGACUAUGAAAAACAAGACCAUCACCAAUCGUUCAAAGAUAGUUGAGGGACACCAAAGUCAGAAAGGCGAAGCUACCGUUGCUUCAGAUGGACGAGUACCACUUCCCGAGCGCAUCAGAAUUCAUUCUAAGGAGCUUAUCAAGACCCUUGGAAUCAUUCACGGCUCUGAAAUGGUUUCUGAAAAUAUCCCGACGGAGUCGUUGGUGAUGUUUCGCCCAUACCGAAUGUUAACCUACUAUGAGAAUGAAAUUCGGCAAUGGCAUUCAAGAUUGCAAAGCAAGUUUCAGAAGUCUGAGUCGCUGGCAGCCGAGGCUAUACUGACAGAACAAUCUACGACAGCAAUGAGACAGACAUCUGCUGAUGACGAAAAAGAAGACGCAAGGUCUGUACAGGAGGAGACCUCUGCCGUCCCAGACCCGGAAGGCUAUAGCGAAUCUGAAACAGCCCUAGAGCAUAUGACAUGCCUUAUCGAGUUCAUGGACCAGUACAUCCUGAAAAGGGUUCGGUACUUGGAAAGCUCCUCCUGUGAAAAGAUAUUCUUCUCCGAUAUCUGGCACCUGUUUAAGCCCGGGGAUCAUGUCAUGUCUGCCGAUGGCAAACAGGUCUACCAAGUUUUCAAUGUGAUCUCCCACCCUCACGUUGGAACAGACCGUUGGUCCAAAUUUACCAAGGAAAUGGAAGACUCUUCGGAUGAGUCAAUUGACGAUGACAUUUCUAUUCAAUGCGUCUUUAUCCACUUUGAUGGUCAGCAGAUUGGCCCUGUCUUGGAGACCUUCAGUAUCCCGAAGUUUGACGGCGAAAAGCUUGUCACUUCAUUGAGGGUAUACCCUAUUCGGUUCCAAGUUCGGAAAAGGCUGGAUAGGCAGAUCAUGAAACUGAAACAGUCAGGGGAACAAAUUGACGAAACCGUGAAGAACGGUGUUACCGAGCUUCAAGAGACACUCGCUGAAAGGGGAAAGCUAUUCACUGAGGUAGCAGCUGUCAAGCACAUGUACUACUCUGGUCUGACUGUUGACAAGCGUGAUGAAGUUCAGAGCCAGGUCAUGAUUGACUUCGCAGAAGCCUUCACGGUGGAGAAAAAUAACAGAUGGGAGCCAGACGUCAGGCAGCUGAUUGGGAUUGUUGCAACGGCGGAUUCAACAAGUCGCGAGGCGCCGUGUACCGCGCUGUGUUGCGCUAACGAAACUGUGCACAACGACGUCUAUGUGGAUAGAAAGCGCCAUCACGACUUCAUGAAAGUCAUGAUGAGUAGGGUCGAGGAUGGCAUUGACGACUUGCCGCCCCCGAAUAUAUAUCCUCGUCCACUGGAGACUCUUAAAGCAGGGGAGACUAAGUUAACGAGAGAUGAUCUACUUAUCAUGUCGUACUCUGUUUUUGGGUUUAUCCUUCGUGACCGUUCUUGGGCUAAGCUGGAUUUGACUCAUCUCACACAUGUUACGGACUCAGUUGAUGGCUCUGUUGCCAUCAAUGACGACGAUACCGAAGAUGAUAAAACCGCUUUUGGACAACUCGUCCUUCCUCCAGGACACAAGAAGAUGGUGCUCUCAUUGAUAUCUCAACACUUUCGGAACAAAGCAUCGCAGCGGGAGAGGGACAGGGACGAACAGGUCGACAUUGUUCGUGGAAAGGGAAAGGGACUGAUCAUCCUCCUUCAUGGCGCCCCAGGAGUAGGAAAGACAACCACAGCUGAGGGUGUCGCCGAGAAGUUCAAGAAGCCGUUAUUCCAGAUAACAUGCGGUGACCUUGGAUCGACUGCAAAAGAAGUAGAAGAUGCUUUACAAAAGAACUUUGCACUCGCCAACCGAUGGGGAUGCAUUUUGCUUCUUGAUGAAGCCGACGUGUUUCUGGCAGAGAGACGAAGGGACGACUUUACUCGUAAUGGACUAGUUUCUGUUUUCCUCCGAGUUUUAGAAUACUACGCCGGUAUCCUCUUUCUCACGACGAACCGCAUUGGAGAUUUUGAUGAAGCUUUUGCCUCAAGAAUCCACAUGAGUCUUCACUAUCCACCCCUGACGGAACGCUCAACUUCUAGGAUCUUUGAACUCAACCUGAAGAUGAUCAAAGCACGAUACCAAACAGCUGAUAGAAAGAUCACUAUCGAUAAGGACGAGAUCCUGGAGUACGCGGAGAGAUAUUGGCAGAAGAACAAGAAAGCACGACUCAACGGUCGCCAAAUUCGAAAUGCGUGCCAGACUGCGCUGGCACUCGCCGAGUUUGAUGCUCAGCCAGAGGGUAGCAAGUAUGACCUAGCAGUGACAUCGGACGCGAAGGUACACUUGUCUGUGAAGAAUAUCCAGACCGUUUCAGAUGCCUAUCUCGAGUUUAUAGAGUAUUUGAAAGCAGUUCAUGGCACGGAUGCUGAAACCCAUGCCAAAGAAGCAGGCCUCCGCGCCCUUGAGACCGCCUACUUGGCAAUGAAAUCCGGUGGUGGUGGUCUCAGAGGCAUGAGUUCGGGAUAUGGUCCGGAAGGAAGACAGAACCCACUUCAGAAGUUCAAAUUGCAAAAUCCGCCAUCUCAAGCUCAGACAACUCAGAUGCGGACAGAGCAAGACUAUCACGCCCAGCAACACCGGCGAGGGCCUUCAUACGAUGCAUCGCAGUCUUCGAUGGGGCCAUACAACACGCCGCCCCGGAUGUCCCAUGCACAAUCUGGUAUGCCGCCGUAUGGACAGGGGAUGAGUAUGCCUAACCAGAACUACCCGCAAUAUCAAGAUCCUGCCCCAGGUCAAGAACAGUUCAAUCCUUCCGGAAACCAGCAACGCCUCUCUUUACCACAGCACAGGUCAUAUUCUCCUUCUCCACCUAGUACAGGUCCCCUGUAUCGCCCUUCGAGUGGAACACAUAUGGCAGAUGGUCCCUUAAGUUCAGCCAUGAGUUCAAUGCACGAGCGGUCCGCUGACGCGUAUGGUCGCCAGGAUCCUAGGGCAGGAAAUGUGUGGCCUCCGAAUGUUGAAGAACAGCGACCCGGAAACGAUCUGCCUCAGCAGUACAGAGACCAUAACAAGCCAUAUCCUCAUUCCUGA